CAUCUACCCUUCUCUGGAGAUUGGGACCUGAGAAGAACCAUGAAGUGGCUGCUGCUGAUCAGCUUGGUGGCACUCUCUGAGUGCGCUAUCGUCAAGAUUCCCCUGGUCAGAAAGAAGUCCUUGAGGCAGAAACUGAUCGAGCAUGGCCUCCUAAAUGACUUCCUGAAGAACCAGAGCCCCAACCCAGCCAGCAAGUACUUCCCCCAAGAGCCUACUGUGUUGGCCACUCAGUCCCUAAAGAACUACAUGGAUAUGGAGUACUUCGGCACCAUCGGCAUCGGCACUCCUCCUCAGGAGUUCACCGUCAUCUUUGACACCGGCUCUUCCAACCUGUGGGUGCCCUCGGUCUACUGCUCCAGUCCUGCCUGCUCCAACCACAACCGCUUCAACCCUCAGGAGUCCUCCACCUACCAGGGCACCAACCGGCCAGUCUCCAUCGCCUACGGCACCGGCAGCAUGACAGGCAUCCUGGGAUACGACACCGUCCAGGUUGGAGGCAUCGCAGACACCAAUCAGAUCUUUGGCCUGAGCGAGACUGAGCCCGGCUCUUUCCUGUACUAUGCUCCCUUCGACGGCAUCCUGGGUCUGGCCUACCCUCAGAUUUCAGCUUCUGGAGCUACACCCGUCUUUGACAACAUGUGGAACGAAGGUCUGGUUUCCCAAGACCUUUUCUCGGUCUACUUAAGUAGCGAUGACCAGAGUGGCAGCGUGGUGAUGUUUGGUGGCAUCGAUUCUUCUUACUACAGUGGAAACCUGAACUGGGUGCCCGUUUCUGUCGAGGGUUAUUGGCAGAUCACCGUGGACAGUGUUACCAUGAACGGACAGGCCAUCGCUUGCAGUGAUGGCUGCCAGGCCAUUGUUGACACAGGCACCUCUCUGCUGGCUGGACCAACCAAUGCCAUUGCCAACAUCCAGAGCUACAUUGGAGCCAGCCAGAACUCAUACGGCCAGAUGGUGAUCAGCUGCUCAGCCAUCAACAGCCUGCCUGACAUCGUCUUCACCAUCAACGGCAUCCAGUACCCUCUGCCUCCCAGUGCCUACAUCCUACAGAGCCAACAGGGCUGUGUCAGCGGCUUCCAGGGCAUGAACCUCCCCACCGCCUCCGGAGAGCUGUGGAUCCUGGGUGAUGUCUUCAUCCGCCAGUACUUUGCCGUGUUUGACAGGGCAAACAACCAGGUUGGCCUGGCUCCCGUGGCCUGAGCCUGCAUCUCUCCUGCCACGUCCCAGGAGGAGCUAGCCUUAGCUGCCCACUCUAGAUGUACAUAAUUCUCCCGAUUGUUCUUCCUAUGGGAUUGUGGAGGAGGAGUCUCGACCCAAUUCCCUGUCAUUACCAAUAACGUAGAAUAAAAACCUCACCUCCUGAAAAA